GCUACAUGUUUUCCUGCUCCUGCGUAUUGUGCGAUGACAAAUAGUACAAACGCAAGGGUUACUCUUCUCUGAACCCAAGCGGCCGAGGCCCCGUCGCAGGCAAGCAGCAAUCCCAGAUGGACACCGGCGAGCAAGCCGGGGAGGAGUCGUCGGCGAACCGCCGGGAGCGCCUCCUCGCGCUCCGCUCCUCCGCCGCCGCCGCCGCUUCCUCCACCUCCUCCUCCUCCUCGCCAUCUGCCGCGCCGCCGCCGCCCGCGUGGGAUCUCCCGGAGCCCGACCUGGCGCCCACCUCCUCCGCCCCGCGUCCGCGCUCGCGGUUCGACUUCUACACCAACCCCGGCGCCGCCUUCUCCUCCUCCGCCGCCGCCGUCCCGCAGAAGCGCAAGAUCGCCGACCCCCCGGGCCCCAAUCCCGCCCCGGCCCCGCCUCACGGGAACUCUGGCAACAAUUAUCCUCCUCCACACCAGCACCAUAUGGCCCAAUCUCCGAUGGAAGGUGCACCAGGGAAUAGUCCAUGGAGAGGUCCUAUGCAGUUCCAGACUCCUAUGUCUGGAUACCGAGGAACACCUCCUGGACCUCCACCUCACUGGAACCCACAUUCUGCUUCUCCAGCUCAAGAUCCGUAUCCACAUCCACCCAACUUUGGGUUCAGAGGCCCUAAUGUUGGCCGAGGGAGCAGCCCGAUGAAUUAUGGACCAGGAGGUAGCCCAAUGAAUUACGGACCAAGAGGUAACCCGAUGAAUUACGGACCAGGAGGUAGCCCAAUGAGUUACGAACCAAGAGGAAGCCCGAGGAGUUAUGUACCAAGAGGUAGCCCGCACUCGUCUUCCGGACGUGGCAGGGGUGAGAACUACUACCAGAGCCCAGGUUCGAGAGGAAGAGGGGGAAGGGGUGGCUUCCAGAACCAUUCUGGAUCGCAAGAUCAGAGGAACUUCUACAGGAAGUCCAUGGUUGAUGAUCCUUGGCAGGGCUUGCAACCUAUCGUUGGCAGCAUACUACCCAUCGAUGGUGCCAAGUCCUGGCUUCCAGAGUCAUUGCGCAAAAAGGAGACACCUAAUCAAGGCAGGGGUGGGAAUUUCUACCACAGCCCAGGUUCGAGAGGAAGAGGGGGAAGGGGUGGCUUCCAGAACCAUUCUGGAUCGCAAGAUCAGAGGAACUUCUACAGGAAGUCCAUGGUUGAUGAUCCUUGGCAGGGCUUGCAACCUAUCGUUGGCAGCAUACUACCCAUCGAUGGUGCCAAGUCCUGGCUUCCAGAGUCAUUGCGCAAAAAGGAGACACCUAAUCAAGGCAGGGGUGGGAAUUUCUACCACAGCCCAGGUUCGAGAGGAAGAGGGGGAAGGGGUGGCUUCCAGAACCAUUCUGGAUCGCAAGAUCAGAGGAACUUCUACAGGAAGUCCAUGGUUGAUGAUCCUUGGCAGGGCUUGCAGCCUAUCGUUGGCAACAUACUGAAACCCAUCGAUGGCGCGAAGUCCUGGCUUCCAGAGUCAUUGCGCAAAAAGGAGACACCUAAUCAAGGCCGAACAAUAUCAAAUCCAACAUCAGGAUUGAGUCUGGCAGAAUACCUUGCCUCGUCUUUCAACGAGGCUUCUAACGAGUCUAAUGAGACGUGACGUGAGCUCUUUUGUCAGUGCCUCCUUUCAGCAUAAACUUUUGUACCAUUAGGAUUGCUGGUGUUCCUCAGUAUACAUAUAUUUAUCACCUUUUAAUUUAUUUCUCCUGCAUCUAAGACUGCUUCUUUUGGGCUAGAUAUAAACAUUUUGAUCUGCGAUAUCUGUGGUACUGUUUAUGCACAUUGUGGCCAUCUUGUACCUUGGUCUAGGGUGAUGUAUGACAUACCCUUUGAGCUUGUAUUGUCUAUCAUUCGCGAUAUAUUUUCAUGAGCUAAACCUAAAUUUUGAGA